AUGGCUGCCAGUGAGAGUUCCAGACAAUACGUCCCCCUUACUUGCCAUGGCCAUUCACGCCCUGUUACGCAUCUGAGCUUUUCUGGCAUUGUUGGCGACAACCGCGAGGAAUACUACUUGAUCUCAGCAUGCAAAGAUAACAACCCAAUGCUGAGGGAUGGCAUGACCGGAGAUUGGAUUGGAACCUUUUUUGGCCACAAAGGCGCUGUGUACCAGGCUCGUUUAUCACCGGAUGCAUCUCUAGCUGCUACCGCAUCAGCAGACUUCACUGCACGAGUAUGGGAUACACACACUGGCGAAACUCUCUACACACUUCAGCACAACCACAUUGUUCGCGCUGUCGCAUUCCCUCCAAAUAAUGGCCAACUUCUUGCGACGGGCGGUAUGGAGAAGAAGCUGCGCAUUUUCGACCUCUCGAGCGUAACGCCAAUUACAAAUGGCGCCCCAACAAACGGCGACUCUUCAGAUCCAACUAUUAUCUCAGCGGAUAAGGGCUUCGAAAUUGGCCCAGAUGUCCACAAGGGGGCUAUCAAAGCCAUCAUCUGGACCCACGACCCAAAUAUCCUCGUCACAGCUGCCGACGACAAGAUAAUCCGCUGGUGGGACUUGCAGAACAGGGUGGUCAUCCAGGAAUUGCCGGUAAAAGGCGACAUUGGUUCCUGCGAGUUCAACAUGCUUUCCGCCGGCGCCGACUCCGCGGAUAUCGGAGGCGGCAUGCCCGUCCUGGCUAUUGCGGCCGGCCGCACCGUUUAUUUCUAUGGCGGCGCGGAUGCAAGGCAUCUGCUGAAGUCGGUGAAUCUUCCAUAUGACGUCGCCAGCGUCGCUAUCCACCCGAAGCAGCGCAAGUUUGUGACUGGCGGGAUCAAGGACACCUGGGCGAAGGUGUACAACUAUGACACCGAGCAGGAACUUGAUGUUCAUAAGGGUCAUCACGGCCCCAUCUGGAGCAUUAGCUUCUCCCCCGACGGCAAGCUCUAUGCUACAGGUAGCGAGGAUGGAACCAUAAAGAUGUGGAAGAACUGUGCCGGGCCAUUCGGCCUCUGGCGUGCCGAGAAAGAGGUAUGA